GGUUCUAUUCCGAUGACAACGGUUUAAAUAAAAAUGACUCCCUGAGACACUGCUAAGAGACUACUAGAUUUUGGUGCAGUUUUGCUGGAUGCUUUGAAGAACUGGCACAACUUUGCCUAAGAGCGUCGCAGCUCUCUUGGAGGAGCUGAAUUCUGACCUGUCUUGAUCUCGUGUGGAUCUUUCUGGAGAAGCAAAUCUGCGUGUGUAUAUUUUGAUGAUCUUAACUCUGGUUUUCUCUCUUCCUCCACCCCCUCACCCCCCAUUUCCACUAACUCUUUGGAACCUUUUCCGCCAAGCACGGGUGGAAUGUGAAACUACCGAACUGCGGAUGAGUUUGUUUUCCUGCUAAUUUUACCAUUGCUACUCAUGAAUUACUGCAAGAGUUUCUGCUAGUCUGAAAUGAUUCUAUAAAAAAGAUUGUUGUUUGAAUGUCAUUCUGGAUGGUCCAUCAAGGGAUUUCCUGUGUAAAGACUCAAGAGUGCCUCUGAGCCACGUGUGGAGUAGAUUUUCCUUUCCCCUGAGCAGCUAAAAGCUCUUUCUCAAGGGUUAAGGUUACACAAGCAUAAAAACAAAUGAUGAAGUAAAAAGUAUUUAAAUACAACCCAUUUCGAAUACAAACGUGGUAGAGUGGUUUCUCACAUUUUGUGAAAUACAUCAGAGCAGCAGAGGAACUCAGUACACACACGCAGGGAAUACUGACCAGCAGUGGGAUCUCGGCACGGUGUCGUAGCAACCUCCCCAUCUCUGCCUCUCUUCCAUAAAAGCUUGAAUGACGACCGCGGCCAUCCGGAGCAAAGUCAAUUGAUGAGCCCGCCCCAGCUGUCUAUAAAUAGGUGACGGACGACGGUGAGGAUGGGUCAAAAAGUCACCGGUGGCAUAAAGACUGUGGAUAUGAGAGACCCGGCGUACAGGCCGCUGAAGCACGAGCUUCAAGGGCUGGACUACUGCAAACCAGCCCGUCUGGACCUGCUUCUGGAUAUGCCAUCCGUCCCCUACGAAGUCCAGUUGCUGCACUCAUGGAACAACAACGACCGGUCACUCAACGUCUUCGUAAAGGAGGACGACAAGCUCAUAUUUCACCGGCAUCCGGUGGCCCAGAGCACAGAUGCAAUCAGGGGCAAGGUUGGCUACACGCGGGGGCUCCACGUCUGGCAGAUCACCUGGGCAAUGAGGCAGCGGGGCACGCACGCAGUGGUGGGCGUGGCCACAGCGGAUGCCCCCCUGCACUCGGUUGGCUACACUACGCUUGUCGGGAACAACCAUGAGUCUUGGGGAUGGGACCUUGGGCGGAACCGGCUGUACCACGAUGGGAAGAACCAGCCCAGCAAAACCUACCCAGCGUUCUUGGAGCCCGAUGAGACUUUCAUCGUGCCGGACUCAUUUUUGGUGGUGCUGGACAUGGAUGAAGGGACCUUGAGUUUCAUUGUUGACGGGCAGUACAUGGGGGUUGCUUUUCGAGGACUCAAAGGGAAAAAACUGUACCCGGUUGUGAGUGCCGUGUGGGGCCACUGUGAAAUUAGGAUGCGUUACUUGAAUGGGCUUGACCCUGAACCCUUGCCUCUGAUGGACCUCUGCCGCCGUUCUGUGCGCCUUGCUUUGGGCAAGGAUCGUUUGAACAAGAUCCAUGCACUCCCCCUGCCAGAAUCCCUGAAGGGCUACCUUCUCUAUCAAUGACCCCCAUCUAGGGGGGUUGGGAAGGACAGGCUCUCGCAAGAAGCAAAAGAGAGGUGUGGAUGAAUUGGCUGUGGCAUCUCUGGAGAAGGAUCAUCUUGGUUCCAUAUACAUAUAUACAUAUACGCACACUCACUCUCUUAAUUUGCUUCAGUAGAUCCUGGCUUGAGUCCACUCCCUGUCACUAUGCCAGAUGUGGGCGGUGGGAAUGCAAAAAGCCUUAAAAGAACCCAUUCUACUUAGAAGGCACGUUCUACCCUCCAGAGAUCGGAACACAUCAACAUGAUGGAAUUAAAGGUACCAGGUGCUAAGACUGGGGUACAAGAUGGCUGACCAUAGACCUAAGGAUGUAAUUUUUUAUUUUUACUAUUUUUUAAAAAAAACAACCUGCCACACAGUUCUUCGGUGAGAAGACCACGACACUAAAAACAUUGCUCCAUGUGGACACGUGUUUAGGCAAUACUGGAAUAAGCAGCCAUUGUGGAUGUCAAAGAAGCAUCUUGCCCUGUGUCCGAAUUCUGUUCUCUUUAUUUUUGAUGUUGUGUUGGUCUCCGUUGAUGCUUGAUCAGAGGCCAUCGGGGUCACUCGAAUCACUUUUCUGGGAAUUCACUUGAACCUGUCGCUUGGGAGUUGGAGUUGCAGGUGGGUGGCAGAGGUUAGCCUGGGAUAAAGGUCCUGUAACGCAGAGCUGAAGAGCUGGUGUGCCCCCAGAUGAUGUGGACUGCAGCUUCCAUCAGGCCUGACCCUUGGCCAGCCGGGCUGCCGGGAGCCCCAACAACAGCCAGAGGGCUGCCUCUUCCCCCUGCUGUAACAGCACAAGAGCUCAGCCUGCAUGGGGCAUGGUUGUGAGUGAUGAAGUCUUGGGAAUUUGCUCUCCUAGACUGCCUUGCCUUGAGUCCUUUGGUGUAGCCCAACCUUUGGGUGCCCAGAUGUUGCUGGACUACCAACUCCAAUCAGCCCCAGCCGGCAUGGCCAAUAGCCAGGAAUGAUAGGAACAGUAAUUCAGCAACAUCUGGGGACCCAAAGGUUGGGAAAGGCUGCCGUGGCCCAAUCUGUUUCCUGUUCGUAGCUUAAUCUUGGUUUAGUUCAGUCUCAGUGCAGUUCCCCACCCCAGUAGUCCUUUCAGGCCCUUUGCUUUGACCUUCGAUAUGGGCUUAAAACAGGGUUGGCUAACUUGGGGCCCUCCAGAUGUUGGAUUCCAAAGUUAUGGGUCAGCCUGCAAGGUGUAACAAAUCCCUUGGAUUUGAGAUUGAAACUCAGUGGCUGGUCCUCUGCUCCACUGUUCUUCAACUGUGGGUCCCCAGAUGCUGUUGGACUACAAUUCCCAUCCUCCUUGGCCAUUGGCUACGCUGGCUGGGGUUGAUGGGAGAUGUAGGCCAACACCUGGGGACCUAAGGUUCCCUUAAGCUUAGCUUGGUACAGGGUAGGAAGUGCAAAUGUGAACACUACGGUCCUUGAAGGCUCAGUCUGAGUACGUGCCGCAUAUCUGGAAGCAUGCAAGGUUUUGGUCUGGAAGUGCAAAGGUCCUCCUUUACCCAAGCAAUCCGAGAGCCUUGCCCAAAAGCUCCUUACCUGUCUUCACGGAGGGGGUGAUUUGCACAUAUUUUCUUUUCUUACAGGAGAGGAAAAUAAAUCUUUGUUUUCCUCCUCCCACCAUAUUUGUGUAGGGUGUGUUCUGUAUAGGUACAAAUGAGCUUAUUUGUUAGAAAAUGUUAAUAUAUAUAUAUGUAUAUAUAUUGUAUGGAAAAGGACCGUUUGGGUUUUUUAAGAAAUGCUGCUGUAGGGUUUUUUAAAAUGAAGAAAAAAGCCUAGUUUUUAAAAAUGCACACAACUGGUGCCAAGAUCGGAUUUGGGAGGAGAACUUGACCUGCUUCCCUUUUUUAAAAAUAAAUAGAAUGAACUGUUACAAGUGGAACACUUUUUUUGUAAUUGCACAGAGAAUUUUAAUGUGUACAGAGCCGAGCAUUUUUAAAUUGCCUUCAGUCCUAUUUGUCUUUCCCGCUGACCCUGGGAAUUAACCACAUUGCCUCUUUCUGUUCCUGCGUAGAUAUUUUUCUUUUUACCCACCCACCCUUUCAUGUCCUGUUUAAACCUUUUUGGUGUACAUUUUUUUAAAUCUCUCACUAGUUCUCCCCCCCUUGACUGUAGAUAAUCAGUAACCAAAUUUAAAAAUAAAAGUUUAUUAAAUAUUGA